CAAUACAGUAAUGCAUCUUGUUAUCAUAGCAUUUAUCUUAAUUUGUCUGAAUGAAAAUGAUUUCAGGGUUAUGUGGAUUAAACGAUUAAGUGAACAAAUUAAUUAAAUACUCUUGUCUGACUAACAGAAAGGUAUACAUUGGGUGAAACAACAAGUGUGGGAACUGAUUCAAGCCCUCAAGGCUGCAUAGUGACAUAAGAUGCUGAAUAUGUUUUUGUUUCUUAUGAUAUCUCUUUUGGUUCUGGAGUUCAAUGAUUCCAAACAAUUGCCAAGAACAAAGAGAGAAGGGAACCCUGAAACAUUCAUGAAUAUUAGUGAGGUCUUACAAUAUCAUGGUUAUCCUAAUGAGGAACAUGAAAUCCUGACAAAUGAUGGUUACUUUCUUACUAUCAACAGAAUUCUUGGAAGGAAAGCGUCAGAGAAAACAGCUUCCAAACCUGUUGUUUUACUGAUGCCAGGAGUUCUUACUGAUUGUGGAAUAUGGCUGACGAAUGUGCCCAAUGGCAGCUUAGGUUUUAUACUGGCAGAUGCUGGCUUUGAUGUUUGGUUGGCAAAUAACCGAGGAAGCAGAUGGUGUAAACAGCACCAGAACUUCUCAUAUAAAGAAGAAGAAUUCUGGAAUUUCAGUUUUCAUGAAAUGGCAAUGGAAGAUCUGCCAGCGAUUAUAUAUUUUAUCCUAGCUAAAACUAGACAGAAACAACUUUUUUAUGUUGGCUAUUCCCAAGGAUCCACUUUAGGAUUCAUUGCAUUUUCAGCUAUGCCAGCAUUAGCUGAGAAAAUAAAAAUCUUUUUUGCAUUUGGUCCAAUAUAUUUGGUGAAUCACAUCACACCAUGGUAUAAAAUGAUAAUCGAUAUGAACCCAGUUAUUAUGAAGACUACAUUAGGCAGAAAAGAAAUUUGCUUGCUACCUAAUCACAUAACACGGAAAUUGGCCACUAAGUUUUGUGACAUGGAUUUAUGGAGAAAAACGUGUGCGAAUAUUUUAUUGUCCGGUGGUGGAAUUAGUGAAAACAAUGUAAAUAUGAGUCGCCUGGAUGUCAUUGUAUCACAUUUAUUUGGAUGCACAUCAACAAAAACUCUCUUACAUUGGAAGCAGGUGUAUGAAACCGGGCAGUUUAAAGAGUUUGACUAUGGUUCUAAGAAUAUGAAAAAAUACAAUCAGAUGACCCCUCCCUUUUAUGAUAUAAGAAUGAAUAUCCCAACCUUCAUGUGGAGGGGUGAAAAAGAUAAAAUUUCAACACCAAAGGAUACCGAACAAUUUCUCCCUCUUCUUAGUAAUCUGAUCUCCUACAAAAUAAUUCCUCGUUGGAUGCAUUACGAUUAUCUUUUUGGCCUUGAUGCACGUCAAAACUUGUAUGAUGAACUUGUUGACAUAAUUCACAAUUUCCCAUAAGCUGGGGAUCGUCUAGUACAGAGAUGUUAACCUUUUCCGGACCGAGUGCCCAAAGUGCGUGUGUGUGUUUGUGAAUGCGCAUGCGCGCACCUGAACCCCCAAAAUACAAUAUGUGUGUGGCCCCCGCAUGUACCCCACCCCCCCAUGUGCGUGUGCCCCCCAUGUGCCCCCCCCCACAUAUGCGCAGCAGAGACUUGAAGACCAGCUGGCCAGCGGGAGGUGCAUGCACAUGCAUGGUAGAGCUGAACUGGGGAGACAGUUCACGUGCCCAGAGAGAGGGCACUGUGUGCCACCUCUGGCUCGCGUGUCAUACGUUUGCCAUCAUGCGUCUAGUACAUCAGUGUGACAAACAUGCCACUCCAGAAUGUUUCUUUAACAGAAGAAAUGCAUGUUUCACUAAAGCAGAAGGGUCUAAUUCUUUUACUUGAUGAUCUUUUUUUUAAAAAGGAUACUGUCAUCGUUCCAAGUAAUGAACUCAGAGAAGUCAGGACUCUGACACUUUGCUCAGGUUCAAGAGAUUCUUUAUUGAGUACAUCAUUUUGGCACUUGGAAAGGUGAAGCUAGCUCUAAUUAUUCCCACGCUCAGAGAUAGUUAAACGAAUAAGAUCUCCCCACCCCACCCCUUUGUCCCUCAGGUCAAAUGGGCCAAUCAGUCCAGGUGUAGGUUCCCACUCAACUUCGACAACUGUCCUUUGAAAUGACCUUGGUUCACACACCAGCUGGGAGAUGUUAUGGCUAGCUGGCUGAGGCAACACAUUCCUGAGUUCUCCCCCCGUGCUCUGCCCUCUUCCCCUUGAAUGGCAGGCAAGAAAUGAAGCAGAAGUAAGCAUGGCUUCAGCUGAAGUAGUUCUGUUUAUACCUUUUAAAAUACAGUGUUUCCCUGAAAAUAAGCCCUCCCCAAAAUAUUUAACCGCAUGUGCAGCUUGUCCCCGCCAUUUCCUCUGGUUAGGGUUAGGGAGACAGAGCUGGAAAUCAGAUAAGAGGGCAAGAGGAUCCCCGUUUCGUUCCACGUGCCCCAAAAUAAUAAGACCUCACCAAAAAUAAGGCCAAACACUUAUUUCAGGGUUCAAAAAAUAUAAGACAGGGUCUUAUUUUCAGGGAAACAUGGUAGUUAAUGUAGAUGCCUUGAAAGAAUGCAACCCCGGGGAUUCCAAACUUUGGGAAGAAUCACACAGUAAAGUCUUGAGUAAGAAAGGUAAAGUGUUGAGUAAACUCACACAAUAAAGUGUUGAGUAAUAAGAGAACUGUCACAAGUAAAUGCCUUAUUCUCCAUUAUGUAAAUAGUACAUGAACAGGGUAUCAGGGGUUAACUUAUUCUUCACCUCUUAAUGUAUUCAUAUUUCACCACUCCCAUAUCUAGCUCCACCCAUUGUAUAUAUAAGGAGCCACAUACGUCCAUUUUGUGCUUCUAUCUGUGAAUAUUCAGUGAAUAUAGAAUGCCUUAUGUAAAUAAAUAGUGAUUUAUUUGAAUUUAUAAUUCUCAACUUAUUUAUUGAGUCUGAUCCUGAAAAUAUCGUAACAAUCUGGUAGCAGAGGAUGGUUGAAUUGACUCAAUAAAAACUUAAACAUGUCUAAAAGAGAUAGGCCCAACACCAGGGCAUACAGCAAAGAAAUGGAAGCGGAUCAAGAAAUAAUCGAUGAGUCCACGAAUGCAAUUUCGAGAGAAUCUGAAGAAUACACCACAGACGACGAAGAAAUAAUAAAUGAAGAUGAUGACCAAGAAGAAAACGAAAUAGAAAACAACGAACUCAGGUCAGAGAUACUGAAACUUUUAAAAAGCCAAAAGAGCGAUGAAAGUCUCGUCGCGAAUCUCCAAGAUAUACUAAAAAACAACGGAGCAGCGAAAGAGAAGCACAUCGCUACUGAAAAAUCAAAAGACUCAAAAAUAGUGAGUAAUAUGAUUGCAGAUGAAAACGCAACGAAGAAGAAAACCAACAAUCCC